AUGGAUUCAUCAUAUUCCAUUGUACAUUUUUUUGAUGAUGAUACAGUCGAGGCCAUCCCAUCAUUUUGGAUGAAAGACAAGAUGUGUGCCUGGCCCAAAAAUAAACUUUUUAUAAAAAAGUUUAUUGUAAAAAAAAUGGCACUAAAUGAUAAAGAAUUCAAAGUCCUAAAAGCCUGGGUACUUUCUAAAGGCAUAAGAACUCUUGAACAUGCACGGAAAUUGGCCGAUGUAGGCCUCUACCGAUCCGAUUUUUCAGCUGAUGAGUCAUUUAUUAAUUAA